GGUAGCUAUUGCACCACACACCCACGCACUCACACACUCAUAUCCCCUUUUUGAUUUGCUUUGCUUUGCUUCAAACUCAAACUCUCCCUUUCCGUCGGAUCCAUCAUACAUCAUACACCCACCAUACACCCACCAUACACCACACACCACACAUCACACCAAAUACCACUUCUUACCCCACGAAAAGGAUCGCAGGUUGGCUCCAACGACGCUUCAAGAUUCCAAUCAUAUUCUCUACAUCUCUUGACUCUUGCUAUCUGCGCAAUAUCUCGACUCUUCCUUCCUUCUUUUCUUCGUCGUGCGCACUCUACCACCACACAUCUCACAUGCAAAGCAAGUAACCGUGAAGCUUGCAACCAUGGAGCGAUCGCCUCCGGAUCAAGAGCCUGCCCUAAAGCAAUUCCAAAACAUGUCGUAUAACGAGUACAACCAACAAUACUUCCCUAUGCAGCAACCUGGUGCGAUCAACUUUCCUCUAGAUCCGCAUUACGCCGCACCAAUGUCCACUCCUGCUCAAUCAUACAAUCAUGGCGGAAUGGCUCAAGAUGAGGGUUGGAAAACUCAAGAUUUCGCACAGCAGUUAAAUCUACCAUCGCAAUCAUACCAACCAUACAUUUACCAUCAAACAAUGGAUCUGUCGCAACAAUUUCCUUUGCAGAAUAUACAUCAAGGAUAUUCAAAUUUAAGAUCCGGCCCCCACUCACUUCCAAAUUAUACAGAGCAGUCACCUAGAAAGCGACAAAGAAUUAAUGAAGAGCCUACUACAAACCAGUUCGUGCAUACAAUACCAAAAGUACCUGAAGUCGAUACAACUAGCGAAUGCUGUAGUUCUUGUCCAAGUGGUUCGCUGUGUGCCGAAUCAGAUUGUGGUGAAAAUGAUGUGGUUGUUGCUUGCACCUCUCAGGAGUGCGAACAACCCGUCUGCACUUCCCCAGAGUGUGAGCAGCCUGUCUAUACAGAACCUUGCACUAAAGAUGGCGCCCUCAGCAGAAGAUGUUCAGUUGUUGGAGAUAAUCUGCCUUCUGAUAGGAUGUAUCAAAGUUGGGAUAACUUUCCUGCAAUUAUGCCAGCAGAGCAGCAACGAUCUUCCAGAAUUCAAUCGUUUGCGCCAUCGACAUCACGAAACAAUCAAGCUCCGCAAGAGAUCUCACCUUCUCCUGUACCAACGACACCAUCUCUAGUCAUGAAUACGGAAACACCUUACUCAGAUAUGACAUCCUUACAAACACCUGGACUUCCAAUGCAGCAACUCACAGAUAAUAUGUCUGGUUCCUCGCUCAAUGGUACUGGAAUGCGUUUUGGUGAUGGAUUGGAGAUGUUCAGUUGUAACUGGUUGGACUGUGGACAGCCAAUGCAUGAUCAAUUUGAAUGGCAUAGGCAUUUUCACCAGGAACACAUUGAUCCGCAAUUUACAUUCAAUUGUCCAAUGCCUUCUACAUCUUGUCAAACACCACUCAACUCGAAUCCUUUGGAUCACUUACAAAUAAAUCAUGGCUUUACAUUCGAGGAGAGUAUAAACGGAUUUCAAUGUCCUGCUCCAGGAUGUCCUACCGAAGAGAUGUAUUGUGAUCCUUCAAUGCUUCACAAUCACAUUGAUCAAAUGCAUGCCAUACCUCUACAAGGACAACUACAGUGUCAGGUUGAUUCUUGCAACACUUUAUAUCAAGAUCCAAAUCAAUUCUUCAAUCAUUUGAACCAUGAUCACAAUUUACCAAUUCCAAUGACUCCUGUCGAAGAGAUUGAUCUUUCAAGUAUACCUGUGUCAGUGGAAGCAAAAGCGGAAGAAAAGGUGAAAGGAGAGACUGCUUCGGUAGCAAAGAACAAUGAAUCAGAAUCAACUAAUCAUCUAUCUUGCAAGUGGGCAGCCGGUGGUCAAUCUUGCGGUCAAGUAUUUACUUCAGAAAAUGAUCUUCAAACUCAUGUCAAGGAUGUUCACUUAUCUAUCUUGAACAAAACUUCCGGUUACUUUUGUAGAUGGCAAGGUUGUUCUCGAAAAGCAAAGAUGGGUGAUAAGGAAGGAUUCUCUCAGAGAGGAAAACUUGAAAGACAUGUGGCUAGUCAUACUGGAUUCAAAGAAUGUACGUGCGAUUUUCCAGGAUGCGGAAAAACAUUUGCAGCAGCGCAAUCCUUAAAACAACAUUACCGUCUCCACACUGGUGAAAAGCCAUGGAAAUGCAGAUAUUGCCCCAAAUCCUUUCCUCAACAAAGCGCAUGCACAGUCCACGAGCGUAUACAUACCCAUGAAAAACCACUCGAAUGUUCUAUUUGCAAAAAGACUUUUAGCGAAUCAUCAAAUUUGGCAAAACAUAGAAAGACACAUGGGGAGAGAGGUCAUCAUGAAUGUCCGGAUUGUCCAAAGACUUUCCAUCGGUUGGACCAGUUGAAGAGACAUGCGGAGAUGCAUGAGAGGAAGAAGAACAAGGCUAGCGAAGGAAGCAGUGCAGGUGGUGUGGAUGGGGAGGAGGAAAAUAGUGAAGUUACAGAGAGUUUGGCAGGGGAUAGUUAUGAUGGACAUAGUAUUGGGAAUAUGGGGCAAAAUGAUAGGGAUUAGGGAUGCAGUGGAAUGAAUGGAUAUGGGUGGUGAGAAAUGGGGAAUGGGGGAUGGAGCUUUUGUGGUACUUACUGUAAUGAUUCUACGAGAAACAAAAAUCAUGAUUUACGAAUCAUGAAUCAUGGGACAUGGGGCAGGGUGCGACUUGAUAUUGGCGAGCGAGAUGGUACGAUGGAUUAUCAUGGCAGCGAUGCAUAUUAUGCGAAGUAGAUAUGGGUGGAUAUCAAAGUUUGAGAAUACCUGGUACAUAAAUGCGAAUGCGAAUGGGUGGCUUGAAAUUAAAGAAAUUAAGCGUUUACCUGGACAGAUGGAUGGAUGGAUCAUAUGAAUGGUAGCGUAGGAACAUGGAAUAGUAGGUGGGAGAGCGGAAUGGAGGGAGAAAAGGGAAUGGGGAAUUGGAAUUGAGCAUGGGAGGGGAUAUCAAAAAGUCUUUAGUAAAUGAGUGGAUG